CAUGCAAUACUUGACUAUGAAUUUCUUGUGAAAGAAUUUUUGAAGAUGACCCUUUAUUUUAUAGUUUGUUAUUAUGGCUGUUAUGUUGAAAUACUGUUAGUUAAAGUGAUGACAAGUUAAGUCGAGUCAUCGUUGGUUUGGGUAUGAUGACUGUUUGGCUUUAGUUUGUUUGUUUGAACUCCCAGGAGAUGCACACCGCGUCAUCAAGCCGUAACAUUAUUCACCGCCGUCGCAUAACAUCACAUUAACACUGGAGUUAGUUGACGGUCGUUCAUCGUGUUCUUGCAUGGUUCACACCAAAGAUCUUGUGAGAUGACGACAUCCAGAAACCCAGGGAAUAUUGAGUUGGCAUUGUGUAACGAUUCUGAUUGUUCUGAACGAACAAGUUCCGACAGGACGUUCAGGGAUUAUGACAUGGCUAUCGUCAACCGGCUUCAAUACUUAACACAAAGGGUCGAAGGUCUUGAGCGUAAAUUAGAGAAACGAAUGCCCAUGGAUUGCGAUGACUUAAGUUUUGCUCUUAGUGUCGAUAAUAAUAAUUCUGUACCGAAUGUUGACAUCAAGGUUUUGUCAGGACCUCGUGAACCUUAUUACAACCAUACGCGAAACCCGACGGUCGACGAAGACUUGAUGAGUGGUUGGGACGAUGGUAUUGUUGAACGUAACACUUCUUUUCUCAUCAUCCCUGUCGGGAAUGACAAAGACUCUCACUUAAAUGAGGCACAAAGACUAAAACAAACUUUGGAUGGAACACUUGAACCGACCACUAGCCUUCCAGCCUUGUGUUCUGCCGACAAACAUAAUAAGAUUAUGAAUGCUGAUGAGGAUGAAGAACCUCUUGAAAUCAAUAAGUCUCAUACGACACCUUUCACGACUCAUAGGGCAAUAUCUGUGAGCGUCAUUCCGUCUGGAAACUUUAUGAAGCAGGGUACUGAUAUAAUUGAAUCUGAACAUAUAGAAUCAACAAGUGAUUCUAGCUCUGUCAAAAGAAAUGAAUGGUCAAGUGAUGACAUUAUCAACGUAAAAGUAUCCGGAAACGACGAGCUGAAGGUGGACAAUAAACAAGUAAUGGUGGAGGAACCAUCUGAGCAACAAAGCAUGGAAAAUCUGGUAAAAGACAUGGAAAAGUUGGAGACUUCAUCCUGUGGCACAUUAAGGUACGGAUACACUAUUAGUGUUGCUGGGGUAAGUCCACAGGAACAUGAACACACAACUAAACCUUUACCAUUCCAACCUCGUGUGUUUCAUUUUGAAAGCAAUCAUGAAAAAGACAUUACACAAGAAAGGAGAGACUCUGGUAACAUAAAUAUGAGCCAAGAUUUUGCUUCAGUGGAAGAAAACAAGUCAAUAAUCCCUCGUUAUGUUGUAAGAAGUACAGUGUUACCGGCAAGUGAAAACGUCUGCUACGAAGAUGUUGGGGUUGAUGAGGUGACUUACCAAAGGAAUGAUAAUGACCCUGACAGGUUGAAUUGUAACUAUGAUUUUUGUGAUGAUGACACACCGAUUAGGAUUGACCCAGGUUUAUCUAAACACGAUGUGCUCAAUCAUAACUUUGUCAAGUCAUACACAUGUAAUUCUCAUUCUGCUGAGAAGCAAUUAAAGAAUGCCGAAAGUCUGAUUAAUGAGCCAAAAGAAAGUAGAACUCAGUGCGAAUCAGUAAUAAACAGAAGGGCUACUAAAGGAAAUAUGCCUUUAUUUGAUGAUGUAUUGAGUGAGAAAGAAGUUGAGGAGAUCACAAAUACAGUUCACAGAACCAUGGACACUGAACGUGAUGAAGAAGGCGAGAAAAUACAAAUGCAAAUAGAACGAAAAGACAGAAUAUCAAGGUGUAAAGAUGUUUAUUGUCCUGGAAAUGGUAGCGAUGAUUUAUGUCUGCUUAGCAACAAUACAACGGCUAACAGUGGCUUAGUAAACUACAAUACAAAGCACAACACAAGUACCCUCAAAGAGAUUGCGGUCGAUUGUUUUAAUGUUAAUGAUCAUCAAAACAAUACACUCCAUAAAAACACCAGACAUCGUUGUGCAAGCAAUAAGACAGCAUUAAGAAAGGUGCGAGUGCGUUCAGUAGAGUUGCCCUUGACAUCUAGUGAAGAAUCUCUUACUAUGGAUUGUGACACAGUUCUUGGUAGCAACCUCAGGACUACUCGACCACAACGAAAGAAGCAAAGAAACAAAACACCUAAACCCAAAUUUGCUGCACGCAAUUACAUGCCUUGCCAGAAACCCGCUAAAGAAAACCUGGAAGAAAAACUGAAGGAACUGAUAGAUCCUGGUGAAAUAGGUAAUUUGAAGGAGGAAAUGGCUGCAAUAAACCGUCCAUUAUUACUUGCUGUCAUGUCACCUACUGAUAGUGGAUAUAUUGAGUCGAAUACAGACUCCCCCCGUGAUGCGUGGAAGGAUCAUUAUUAUGAGUCUCCAUACAGUAGUGAACCCAGUACACCUGUCAUCUUGCAACCAUAUUCUAACACAAGCAGCCUUUGCUYUUCACCAAAGGGAAGGCUAGCGGAUCCAGUACUAUCUAACCAAASGCCUGCGCGAGGCGAGAGACAAGAGGACGUGUACCUUUCGCCUCGAAGUGCGCAUCACUCUGUGGGAAGCCAUUCCAGUGGGUCAUCAACUGUUUCUUACCUCGGAGGCAGCGAUUACUCUGAAUCAUCUUAUGUUGAAGAUAGAGGUGCGUUCACAGAUCUAACGAUGCCUCCUUUACGUUUACAAGACCACGAGAUCCUUAACACCAGGUUAAGUGAAUGUUUUCCCGGACCAACUCGGAUACCAUUCGAAAACUAUUCCUCGACUAUUCGUCUCAACGAGUAUUUAUUGAACCGGCAUCCAAUCGCAUCUCCUACAUCAAGUGUCGGAACAAGUGAUCUGAGCGACUCAUUUUUCGGAUGUGAAAGUGAUUAUUGUGAAUGUCAGACAGGUAUCGCCACCGAGCAAGAUUUCCGCGAGGAACUCAAGUCCAUCUCGAGUUAUGUUUUGGAAGCUGGAGAAAAGACUGGAGUAAUGAAAAAGACAAGUAAGCCRUUAAAGAAAUAUUUUCUGGAUGAAGAGGAAGGUGAGAUGGAUAUUUUUGGUGCAAGGCUCCAGAAAGGGGAACAUAAAGCAGUCCCAAUACUUGUCAAAGUCAUUCUUAGACUGAGAAAGCAUUUCUUCGGAGGAAUCGAGGGGGCCAACUCGUUAAAAUCACUAAGCCCCAGACGAGAAAAAGGUUCUGUUGAAUCUGAAAGUCGCGCAAGAAAGAUUUCAUUCUCGCCCUCUGCGAUGCUUUUAAGUGCAGUUGGUGAAAGUUCGGCUUCAGAAAUUCGUGAUGUGAUCGAAAAGGACCGUCUCGACGUGAACCAGCUCAGCCCSAGUGGAAAAUCCCUUCUGCACAAAGCAGCUGCUUCGGGUGACCUUGAAAGCAUACAUACUUUAAUACAGUAUGGAGCUAAAGUCAACUUGACAGACCAAGAUGGAUUUGCGCCUGUGCAUUCCGCGUUACGAAGGUGUCAUUAUAAGUGUGCUAUCUUUUUUAUUGAAUGUGGAACAGACAUGGGUGCAUAUACUAGAGCUCGUAUUGGGGAGAUAUCCAUGAUAAGGAACAUGUCUAGUGAGUAUAUGAGGUCUGUACUGAACACUCCUCUUUAACCACUGAAUCACGUGACUUGUUCCAAGAAAGACUGGUAACGACAUCGUGUUGCAAUGCAUUGUGGGAUUGAAAUAAAAAGCUCUAUGUCCGUCUGAAAGAGCUCGUUACCAGUCUUCCUUUUAACUUCUAGAAGAUAUAGUCAAAUACACGUCUUCUGGCCCGUCAUUGACGGUAUGAAAUUAUCAUAGAUUUAUUCUCCAACCCUAAAUCAUAUUUUCUACUUCUGGAUUUCACAGCUUUCUUAAUCUAAUUAGUUUACUAUAUUUUGCCAUUUCUCCUAACUGUUUUCUGUGAAUUAUAUAUAUAUAKAKAKAGAGAGAGAGAGACUUGUAGUUAUAAUAGAUUGGAGGUAUAAAAAAGAAAAGAAAAAUGAAAUGAAACGCAUCUCAAAUAUGGCUGAAACGAGAUGACGUUUUACCCCCGACUCUAUACCAUAAUAGUUUUUAAAAUUCUUUCAUAUUAAAAUUUAGGAAUACAGGAACAAUAGUCAUAAUUAAAAAACAAAAGCAGUGUGAAAAGGAUUAUGGUCUAGAGACGGGGGUAAAACGUCAUCUCGCUUCAGGCUUAUUGGGCAUGUGAUUUCCCUGUUUAUGCCUUUUCAUUUCAAGUAUUGACCAGUUUUACUUUGUGUGUCAUCGUCGGAGUGAAAACCUGCUAGUUUUUCCUAGGACAAAUCGCUAAGCAACCGGUCAUUAAUUACGGGUGGAGGGAGGGGUGGGGCUGGUGCAUUAUACUUUUGAUCUGCCUGCAUGUUUUUGAAAGGCCCUUUCCUGCUGCACAACUAUUGUUGACCCUAUCAAAUGUUUGCAAAAAUUUUUGUGACCCUUGAUGUUUAAAGUUUUCAUUAAAAAAAAGACUUUAUCUCCAUUUGCACCAGCCCCC